UUCAUACACGCAUACUAUCAUUAACCAGAAACGUGGCAGUCACGGAAUCUGUGAAUGUGACGUGCAUUAAUUUAAUAUAGGACUUCGUAACAUAGAGAUGUUACGUGUACAAUUGGGUAUGGUUGACGUUAGGGACGAAAACCCCCUUCAACAUUAGCCCUUUUGUUUAGAAACAAAUAAUUUGAUAUAUUUGUGAUUGCGUAGCUCGUUUGUUGCUGUCACGGAUGCCGACGUACAAAGACAGCUCCAGCGUUUACCUGGUCCAAAGGAAAAGCAAGCCCACCUAUUCAGUCUCAAGAGCGACCAUGUCUUUUGCCUUCAACUUCGCCAAGGCAGCGGUGGGCUCGGUUAACGGCUACCUGGACCAUUAUAACCCGCUUAACAAACUUUUAAAGAGCGAGCCAGUGAAAGUGCUGCAGAAGGACGGGAUAGUGGCGGCGGUGUGUGCUUCUGCCCUCAGCCUAGCUUUUCGGUUCGACUUCACGGGUCUUCUCGACCCAGGGGUCGCCACCAGGGACGCUGUGCCGCCAGAUGGCUCCACUAACAGUGACGCUGCGGAGGCUGAAGAAGGGGACGCGACGGAAACGGAUUCUGCUUUCUCGUCUGCGUCCUCGGACUGGACGGGGAAGUCGCUACUGAAAAGCAUCUCAGCACAAACUUUUGAGUAUGUUAAGACUUUUGCAUCAAAACUCAUAGAGACGCCACUGUUCGUGCUUUUUGUCGCUAUGUUAGGAUUCAUGGGUUUUGUUUUCGUCACUUCCUUUACAAUUAUUAUAGGUGUCAUAGCACUCUUCGCAUUUAUCAUGACUGUGGUCUUCUUCAGCAUGGCGUUUCUGUCAACAAUGGGCUUUUUCUGCCUCUUUGUGGCUAUUACAGAAUUCAGGAAGAAAGGGGGUCAGGCAAGUGAAACGAGAGAACUCUUGUCUUUCACGGAAUCGCUCCUCCGACAGACAGGAGCUGCAUACAAAAUGAGCCAUAACGCACCGUUUUCAACGCCGUCAACGCCAUUUUCAACGCCAUCCUCCACGCCUUUUAAAAGAAAACUAGACUUUGAAGCGUAACGCUCUAUAAAGGCCUACUUUCAAACACCUCAAGCAAUUAUUUUAACUUUUAAAUAUUUAUUAAAAUUCUAUGUUUUUGGCACAUGCCAUUAUAGUUUAUAGGAGGACAAAGUAGAAACGUGAAACGCUUUGUCGCUGUGGUAGAACAUUGUAAUAUAUUUAAGUGAAUGAGAAAUUAAUUAUUAAUAUUAAUAUCAAUACUAGUGUUUUAUCAAAUAAUAUUUUAAAGCGACUUUGGUGUCGUUUUAAUUACCUAUGCAGCAAAGUCAAUUAGCAAUCUUUUAAACGCCCGCGAUAAGCAAAAGUGAGAACCACUUAAUGCAUGUAUAUUCAUGGUCUAACUCCUUCCUACAACGUAUUUUAGAUAUAAAAAAAGAAAUGAAUUCGUUCACUCUUCCGAUGGCCCCUCAGUCGUUGAAAUAUAAAAGAUAAUGAACAAAUGAUUGGCAUAAGAGGUGAUCUAAGUUUCACGAACCAACGUAAAAAUCAAGUGAUAUCCUGAGGGAGUUCUACAUGUACCGAAUUGCAGUGUAUUUGUAAAAGUGUAGCUAGCCACAUAAACCACGUUUUCCCAUUUUUGUAUUGCUUCAUUGGCCGAUUCAUGAUCAAAAAACGAUAAUGACUUAUUAAGGGUCUGAAGGAAUUUGAGUUAUGGAGGCUAAGGCAUAAAUAAAAAUAUUUAAAAUCCCAAACACGUUAGAUACGCUCCAUGAAUAAAGAAAUUCAGAUUAAUAGCCAGUAAAAACUAUUUGUAUUGUAAUUUAAAGAGCAGGAAAAGAUUUAAAGAAAAGAUGAUUGGGUUAAAUCCAUUUAAACAAUAAUAAU